UCUUUUUAACAUCAAUUGGAUCUUUCUUUUACUUUGAUUUGAAUUUUCCAUCCUUAUUUAGAAUUUUCUUAGUGGAUUUUACAAUUUCAGUGUUUUGUUUUGGUUUUGAUAUAACAAUUUCCUAUAUUCACCAAUUGUUUGUUAAAAUGACUCAAAGAAACAAAACCCGGAUGAGAGUUUUAUUAUUGUUGUUAUUAUUUUGGGACGGAACCCAGAUUAAAAUUCUUGUUAAUUCUUUCUGAAACUGUUUAGAAGUGAAUUCUUAUGUUCAGUUGUUUUUCUUAUAGCACCCAGUUGUUCAUUAUUUGCUUUUGGGUUCUUUGGUUGCUUAACAAUUUGUUUCCGUCUUCGUUACUUUUUUUCAUCUGUAUGGAAGAAGCUGAGGCCAAGUUGUGAACGUUCUAUUGUGGGGAUAGGUGUACCUGGACUUGGUUAUAGCACUCUUUGGCUGUUUUCUUUUGGGGAGAACCCAUUUUAGAAGGAAAGGAAAGUGGUGUUUUCUUCUUUGCACUAACAUCUGAUCAUAUCCACCGCUUAUUUUCACUCAGUUCUGGAAAUUCAAAACAAACAAGCAUGCAAACAGCUUCUUAUAACCUAUACUUCUGUUUUCCUAACAGAAGAAGCAUUAUAAAACCAGAUGGGUGGGCUAAAACGCAAGUCCCCUGUUCAACUCAGCUGGUUAACAAAUUUUCCAUCGUUGAAAGACCUCAGACUUGGAAAUUUAUAGUGCCUACGCAACAAACCAGAUUGUUUGCAGUUCCCAACACAGAUGAUGGCCACCCUUCUCUUUCUGCAUUGGAAGACUCGAACACAAAUCACGCACUCAAUUCUGAAGGAGGAACCUUGUUGGGCAAAUGGUCACCCCCCAGAUUUGUUUGGAGGGGACUAUCUGUUCUUGUUUUGGCAGGACAAGUGAUUUUAAGAACUUUGAAGGGCAAAGUCCACUGGAGGAAUACUCUCCAGCAGUUGGAAAGAGUCGGGCCAAAAUCAAUUGGGGUGUGCCUAUUGACAUCAGCUUUUGUGGGAAUGGCCUUCACCAUCCAAUUUGUUAGGGAAUUCACCAGGUUAGGUCUGAGCAGAGCUGUUGGUGGAGUACUAGCAUUGGCUUUCUCAAGGGAGUUAAGCCCUGUUGUUACGUCAAUAGUAGUUGCAGGGCGUAUUGGUAGUGCAUUUGCAGCAGAAUUGGGAACGAUGCAGGUGUCUGAGCAAACUGACACAUUGAGAGUUCUUGGAACUAAUCCUGUUGAUUAUCUUGUGACCCCGAGGGUGAUUGCCUCAUGUAUUGCUUUGCCAUUUUUGACCCUAAUGUGCUUCACCGUAGGGAUGGCAUCGAGUUCCAUCCUUGCUGAUGCUGUUUAUGGUGUUAGCAUCAACAUUAUCUUGGAUUCAGCUCGGAGAGCUCUUAAUUCAUGGGAUAUAAUUAGCGCAAUGAUCAAAUCACAGGUAUUUGGUGCAAUCAUAUCUAUUGUGAGCUGUGCUUGGGGAGUUACAACCAUGGGAGGAGCAAAAGGUGUUGGGGAGUCUACAACUUCGUCUGUGGUUAUCUCCCUUGUUGGUAUCUUUAUUGCAGAUUUUGUACUCUCUUAUUUUUUCUUUCAGGGAGUAGGAGACUCACUAAAGAGGCUAUAAGCAAUUUAUGGUCAGUCUUAUGUUUAACUGUAUUACUACACUAUUAUGGUUUAAUGAAUAUAUUAGCUAAAAACUAGAUAAGCAUGAAAUGAAUCGAUUUGCGAGUGGUCAAUUGCAUGUUCUUGUCGCCCUGUC